UGAGCUGCCUGGCCGCCGUGACAUGGCUGGUGCUGAAGCUGAGGCAGAGCGUCCUCAUGCUCGCCGUGACUAGUGCGGCCAGGACCACGUCCCUCGUCGCCUUGGAGAGGGUCCCGGCGUCCUGGCGGCCCUACCUGGCCUACCUGCUGGGGUUGCUGGGCAUCCUCCUGGCCGGCUACGCCGACCGGCUCUGGCCCCCGCGGCGGGCCGCCCCGCUGGCGGAGCCUCCCGCCGCCCCCCCGGCCGCGGACGAAGCCCCGGUGCUCAGGCGGCGGCGGCGGUCCAGCUCCAUGAUCUCCCCCGAGAUGUCGGGCGGCGGCGGCAGCGGCAACAAGACUCACCGGAGGACUUCGCUGCCCUGCAUCCCCCGGGAGCAGCUCAUGGGGCAUUCUGAAUGGGAUCACAAACGAGGACCCAGAGGCUCACAGUCCUCUGGUACCAGUAUCACAGUGGAUAUCGCUGUCAUGGGAGAAGCACAUGGGCUCAUCACAGACCUUUUGGCCGAUCCUUCACUGCCCCCCAACGUGUGCACAUCGCUGAGAACAGUGAGCAACCUGCUUAAUACGCAGUUAACCUUCCAGGCCAUCCACAAGCCAAGGGUGAAUCCUUUGGUGUCCUUCAGUGAGAACUACACCUGCUCUGACUCAGAGGAAUGUCCGGAGAAAGGAGAGAAACUGGCCAUUCCCAAGCGCUUACGGAGAAGUUUGCCUCCAGGACUGCUGAGACGAGUGUCCUCAACUUGGACCACAACAACAUCAGCCACAGGAUUACCUACACUGGAGCCAGCUCCGGUGAGAAGGGAUCGCAGUGCCAGCAUCAAACCCCAUGAGUCAUCUUCAUCCAGCCCUGACUCCUGGAACAGCUCAAUUCUGAUGACAAUCACAAAGAGCAGGUCCUUCUCCACCUCCUAUGCCGUGUCUUCUACCAACCACCUGAAUGCCAAAAGGCAGAGCCGGCAAGGUAUCCCACCAAAUAUUUCACCUCUCACCUCCCCAUGCCAUUCACCAAUUCAGGGGACCCCUGCCACAAGUCCUACUGGAAAAACAUCUUCUGUAUCAUUUCCAGACUCUACAGAUACUGGACACCAAGCAGGGUUUAAAGCCACACAAAGUCUUAACUUCUUCUCAGAGUGCACCUCCCUGUCAGAUCCUGUUAUCAGCCCCUCUGUCAUCUGCAGCAGCUGUGGCAGACCCUAUAACCAAAUAGAAGCUGGUGAUGGGACAUUAAAUAGAAAUGAUGCUACCACACACACCCUGAACAGAACAGAUGAUCCCGCGCAAGCCACUUCUGACUACGAGACCAACAACAGCGACAGCAGCGACAUCGUGCAGAACGACGACGAGACAGAUUGCUCCAAGGAGCAGACACGGAAGGGAUCUGUCUGUAGGUCCUACACGCCCGAGACCAUCAUCCUGCAUCCCUUGAUACCACCUGAGGACAAGCCUGUACUUGCUCCUGAGCCUCUGGUUAUGGACAACCUGGAUCCCCUGAUGGAGCAGCUAAAUAGUUGGAACUUCCCAAUCUUUGAUUUGGUGGAAAAAAUUGGAAAGAAAUGUGGUCGGAUUCUCAGUCAGGUAUCAUACAGGCUUUUUGAAGACAUGGGACUAUUUGAAACCUUUAAAAUACCAGUGAGGGAAUUUAUGAAUUACUUUCAUGCCUUGGAAUGCGGAUACCGAGAGAUACCUUAUCACAACCGAAUCCAUGCAACUGAUGUUCUACACGCCGUGUGGUACCUGACAACUCAGCCCAUCCCGGGACUCCCGACCGUGAUCAAUGACCAUGGGUCAGCCAGCGAUUCAGAUUCUGACAGUGGAAUCACUCACGGCCACAUGGGCUAUGUGUUUUCGAAGACAUACACGCCUACAGAUGACAGCUAUGGAUGCCUGGCUGGCAACAUCCCUGCCCUUGAACUGAUGGCUCUUUAUGUAGCUGCAGCCAUGCAUGAUUAUGAUCACCCAGGAAGGACCAAUGCCUUUUUGGUAGCAACGAGUGCUCCUCAGGCAGUGCUGUACAACGACCGCUCCGUCCUGGAGAACCACCACGCCGCUGCUGCCUGGAACCUUUUCAUGUCCAGGCCAGAGUACAACUUCCUGGUCAACCUCGACCACGUGGAGUUCAAGCAUUUUCGCUUCCUCGUCAUUGAGGCAAUUUUGGCCACUGACCUGAAGAAACACUUUGAUUUUGUCGCCAAAUUCAAUGCCAAGGUGAACGAUGAUGUUGGAAUUGACUGGACUAACGAGAACGACCGCUUGCUGGUUUGCCAAAUGUGCAUCAAGCUGGCUGACAUAAACGGGCCUGCAAAAUGCAAGGAUUUGCAUCUGCAGUGGACAGAAGGCAUCGUCAACGAGUUUUAUGAACAGGGUGAUGAAGAGGCCAGCCUGGGCUUGCCAAUCAGUCCUUUCAUGGACCGCUCUGCUCCUCAGCUGGCACACCUCCAGGAAUCGUUCAUCACUCACAUUGUGGGACCACUAUGUAACUCCUAUGACUCAGCGGGGCUGAUGCCAGGAAAGUGGAUAGAAGAUAGUGAUGAAUCAGGAGACACUGAUGAGCAAGAAGAGGAAGAAGUAGCAGAAAUGGAAAGUUGUGAAAAUGCUGAAUCCAGAAAGAAGAAGUUCAAGAGGAGGAAAAUCUACUGUCAGAUCACUCAGCACCUGCUUCAGAACCAUAAAAUGUGGAAGAAAGUAAUUGAGGAUGAGGAGAGGUUAGCUGGGUCAGAGAAGCAAGGUGCAGAGCAAUCCCCGCUGCACCAAUCUUCAGAACAAAUCCAGGCCAUCAGGGAAGAGGAGGAGGAAGGGAAGCCCAAGAAGGAUGAAGAGGAGAACACAACUGUAGAACCAAACCAAUGACAAUAUUUACAGCAGUAUUUUAAGACAGAUUGACUUGUGCACAGACUCUUUCUCAAGCCAGCACAGCAUUUAGACACAACACUGUAGAAGUAUGGGAUAAUGCGCCUACAGCUGUUUAAUUUGUUUCUCUUUCCUUUUUAUGGUGAGGUACAUUGUUUAAACUCCUAUGCUCAAGGAAGCUUUCACACUGCAACACCGGCUUUUACAGACUUUCUUUAAAGAGAUUUGGGGGUGGGUGGAGUUAUAUAAAUAUAUAUAUAUAUAUAUAUAUAGCCAGGGUUAUUGGCUGCACACUUCAGCAAAAUACAUUUAGUGAUAUAUUAUGGUCACUGUGAUAUUUACAGAAGAAAGUUACCUAAGGAAAUGCUGCUUCUGAAGAACAUUUGCAGUUAACAGUAAGGUACCAGUUAAGUAGCUUUUGCUCUUAAUGCUGAGGGAUAAAAGUUCCAAAGCUUUAUAUGAAUGCUGAUAUAUCCUGCCAACACAUAUGUGUGUGUGAGGGGGUGUUUGCAAGUGUGAGUGGAUGUAAGGAAAUAUAGCAUAGUUUGAGUUCUUACUACACUAGCUGUAGCACGUGUCCCAAUACAUGACAACAAACAGAAGGCCCGAAUUUUAGAGAAUUUGUGCCCACCGGGAGAAGGGAGCCCAUUUUGAGGAGCUCUGCAUUCCCCGUAGGCCUCCAAGUCCCAGUCCAGCUGCAGGCAGCAACCUUUGAGCAGAGGCUGGCCCAGGUUGUCAGCCUGGCCCUGUCUGGCUGUGCAGGCUCCUCCUCCUCCUCUUCCUCAGCGCUUCCCACACUGCUGGCGAAAGGGAUGUGCCAGGAAGGCCAUUUUCCGAAGGGGUCCUGGGGGACUGUGUGACACACUGCCCUGUUCCCCUGGAGAGAACCUGGCCCUCUGUGUGAAUGGCUGUGUGGGGCAGCGUGUGCGUGUGUUUGGGCAGGAGGGAACAGAGAGCAGACGUGUCCUUGGAAGCGAGAGGUGCUCUGUCAGCUCCUGCCACAGCCUAACGCCUCCGUGCAUCAAUGACCAAAUACAUCACAGAAUCGUAGAAUCAGCCGGGUUGGACAGGACCUCUGAGAUCAUCAAGUCCAACCCUUGAGAACAAAGCUAAACUGUAUCUUGUGAGAGCAGAAGAAGGGGAGUGUGGGGGCCAUGGCCUCCUCAGAGCAGUGCGGGCAGUGCAUUAGAGCAGCAUGGGGGACAGGUGCCAGUCCUGCGUCCACUGGACACUCGUGUGUCCCAGCAACCACUCACAUGACCUUCAGAGAACUCUGUUUUUCAGUGUGAGGUGCUGGUUGGGAGCAGUUUGUUGCUGGCAUUCUGCUUAGAAGCAGCAUGUUUGAUCCCACCAAUAUACUUUUUUUUUCCUUUUUUUCCUUUUUUUUUUUUUUAGAGAAAGAAAAAGAUCAGGCCUGUAAGAAGAGCAGAUCUUUUUUUUGUUUGUUUGUUCUGUUCAUUUGUUUUCUCUGUUGUUUAUGCUGUGAGCCAAAUGUCUAUUUAAAAAGUUGGAUAUUCACUUUCAAUAUUUUAUUUCACGAUAUUAUAUUUGUCAAUGAUUAGCUAUCUAGAUGUAAAUAUGGAAAAUUUUUAUGGGUUCCUGUAGAUAAUGAUAUCUUUAAGAAAAAAAGAAAAAAGAAAAAGAAAAAAAAGGGAAAAGUUGUUUUGUAAAGAUAAUUUUUUAAAAAAUAAAUACAAAAACAUUUUUAUACAGUGUAGCCAUUUCAAAACCCCACGAAGUCUUGAAUAAUUUCUAUAGACCCUUAUGGGAAGCCAGUGGUCUAUAGAAUCAAGGCUUCAAAAUAUUAAUGCUCUUGGGGCUGGCCACACCAACCAGUACCACACAAUUUAGAGACUUGUUCCCACAGAAAGAAUUAUAUACAUAAAGCUCAGUAUCUCUCAAAAAUUAUUUGACUAUAUAUACUUUUUAUACUUUGAUCCUGCAGCCAUUUACUAAGAAGAGGAUUGCUUGUGAAAGGCAGAGUUUGUAGAAGUCCUUUCUGUAUUAAAUUUCUGACAUUACACUCAUCACUUUUUGCCAUUGUUACACAUUCACCAAAUUUCAUGAUCCUAUUUAUACCUCCCCAAAAAUGUUGGAAAACAUUCUCUAUCAAAGCAAAUCAAUAUGUGUUUAUCACUUCAGGGCUUCUUUUAGCUCUGCAUUUCUGUCAGAGUGAACUUUCACUCAAAACAGGAUUUGGGGUUUUUACUGGUUGCAUUUGCCCAGUAUCAUCCCAUUUUACUCUUACCAGUAGAGACGUUUGCCUUUCAGGAGAGUGACUAGAGCACAGUUCUGAAUGAUUUUAUCAGCAGAACUAUUUAGUAAGUGUUUUCCAAUGGAAUCAGAAAAGCAAAUUGCACUGUUAUUUUAAAUAAGCAAAGGACAUAGCAGAAUUCACUCAAGAGAAAAAAGGAUGUCUCCAAGACCUCAGCCAGUCUCCAACAGUUCCAGCUUGCACUGUUUUCACACCUCUUUAGUCACUUUGGUUGAUAAUUUUAUUUGGGUUUUUCUUGUACAAGUGAUAUGCAUACCUUAUCAUAUGGGAAGGAUUUAUUAUGCCUCAUUCUGUCCUUUAAAAAUUAAACUUCAAGAGAUGCUUUAAAACGUCACAUCUCCAAGCACUUUUUUCUUGAUUUUCAGUACAUAAUCACUGCAACUGGAUCUUAAUAUUGGGUUUUAUAUUGCCUUUGCUAGAAGAAGGAAAAAUUAUAUUGCAGCAAGUGUUAAUGCAUGCCCAGUUGGUAAAAUUACAAAGAGGCGUUCAAGAAUGAGGCAAAAUCCUGUAAGUGGAGUUCCACAUAUUCCUCUGAGCUGGCAUACACAGGGUUCAACUAAGAAAAAAUAUCCUGAAAAUGUGCUGAAGUGGAAUCAUUAUAUUUUUCUAGCCAUGAUUUUGGUUGCCAUUAAGUAAUAUUAGUGUCAGCUUCUAAUUAAAGUUUUCUUUCUAUAUUGCCAAUGCAGCUGUCAGAAAUUGAUCCUCCUUUGCUACCCAAGCCUGUUUGUGGCUACAGUCUGAUUAACUCAGGUCUUUAGAGUGAAAAAAUUGCUGACAGGCUUAAAAUGAGAAUGAUCAUUGAUUUUAUCCAAAAUGGAAGGAAUACCAGUGUAUUAGUAAAGUAGCUGCAAUUGUUUAACUUGUUAUGAGGUGAUAGUUACUAAUCAAAUCUAAUUUCUGCUGGUGUCCACUUCUUAUGAAUUUGAUUUUCAGUCUUUGAAGUGCAUGUCUGGCAGGCAAUGAUGCGAAAAUUUCCAGGUUGUCUUACAUUUAACAAAAAGAAAAUAACAGAUUUUAUCACAAGAAUGUGAAAAACAAUUUUAUUUUUUCUUUUUGAUUUGGGUUAGUAGAUAAUAAAGCAGGCAAUUUUAGGGGGUUUUAUUAAUAUUUUCUAGUCCAAAGGAGGCAAAACUUUUGACCUGCAGUUACAGAAACCUUUUUGAGGCUAGAUCUUAUGGUUUUCUGCUUUGUGUAGUCCUAAAGAAACAAACAAAAAAAAAAGACAUAGUUUUCAGUUCUUUAAAAAGAGGAGGAGAAAGAUUAAAUUGUUAUUUCCUCUUGGAUAUUUUGUUUUCUCCACUGUUAUGUCACUUGGUGGCUGAUCCUGUUCUCUUCUAGUCUAGGAGGAGUUUGCUGUUCCCUGAAAUUGGAGGCUCUUUGCAGUGCUGGCAGCUCCCAGUGCAGUGACAAAGGCACUCUGCCCCUCACAAAGCAAUCACGUAGAAACACUUUUGUCCCUGUAUGAGAGUUUCCUGGAUAGCCAUAUGCUGUUUACUGUGGAAUAUAAUGUCUCUCAUUACACUUGUCUUGCAGAUGGAAAACAUGCAAGUAGACUGUGAAAGGCCCAAACUAUUUAAUUACCUUUUCUUUUAGGAGGAGUCUGAGACUUUAGCUUCCAAGAACCCAAAAAUGCUGUCUCUAGAACAAUGUUCAAAAGAACCACAGUUUACUAUUUCUGCUCUAAUCCUAGAAUCUGGUGUUGAUUUGUUUCUAGCUAAUCUACAGAACAUGUUGACACCCAUCUCUGAAAAUCAUCACCUCCUUCAGUAGAGAGAUGAGCUUUGAUAUGAUGUUACAAGCCAUGCAUUAGAAAUUAGUUGCAAUAAGUAGGGAAAAGGUAUUUUACUGUUCUCUUGGCAGUAUUUUGGAUUGCCUUCCUCUGUGACUGAAAUUCUUUACAGAAGGCUGGGGAACUCCUGUCACAUUGUGAAGGGUGCUGGCUCCAACAGCAAAUGAUGGUCCCAUUCUGCCAUUAAAUGGUUCCCAGGGCAGGUGUAAUUUGAGAAUGCAUUUAUUAUCAAUGUAAGGAUAGUUGUUAAUCAUUUUUUAGCCUGACAUCGUGUGUGAAUUUCUCUCUGCAUCAUCAGCAAUCUAAAAUCCAAGACUGCGACUGCUCAAUACCUUUUGAGUGGAUGAAUUUGGGUCUUUUACCUUUAGUGUUCUACUGUUAGUUCUUAAGAUCCUGAUGGUCUGAUUUGGGAAAGGAAGUUAAGUCUGAGAAGGUUCAAAUAUAUGCUUCUAAAAGUAAGAGUUAGCAUCUAGGCAAAUUCAGUUCCCAGCCCCCGUUCUAUGCAUUCCAUGCUGGACGUGAAGUUCCUUUGUUUUCUUUAGAAAGUUGUAAAUUCCUGUACGCUUUUUAGAUAUAAUUUAUUUUUUUUCUGAAAUUCUGGUGCCAUCUUUUUUCAGAAAUGCCCUGGAAAGUGGAAUGCAGUGUGGAGAAGCAAAGGCUUUUGCCAAAUUGAGCAUCAGUCAGUGCUAGGGCCCAUGACACCUGCCCAGACUGUGCCUCAGUCUGGGUGCAUUCCCACCCAGUGCUGUGCCUGCCCUGCUUUUGAAAAUUUUGCCGUAAGUACAGUGCAGCAAAAGAUUUGUGGUUGGUCCCAGUUGUUAACUAAAUACAUGUGCUAAGUCAUUUUAAUUAUCCUGCUUGGUCUGUGUGGUGUGACACAGGGUCAGGGCUUUGCUGUUGAUGAAGAUGGUUGCAAGUUUUAGUCCACUCUCACUGACUUUCAAAGGCCAGAUGUGCCAGUCAUUGUGAGCCUGGGCAGCCCAGCAAACCCAGGUCCACCUGAGACUGUGAUCCAAAGAAGACACAAGGUGCUUGACCAACAAAUACCCCAGGCAGCUGCAGCAGGUGGUUCAAGUGAGGGAGAGGCAAUGCAGAUGCACUGUGGUUCGUUCUAGGGCUGAUCCCUCUGACAGACAGUGUCCAGGAGGGUGGAGGACAACAAUGACAGUCUAUGGCUGUUUUUUCCCCAGAAGAAGAGGGUUUUGACUGUUGGAAAACCUCUUAAUUCAUAAAAACAGCAUACAAUAUUUGCUAUCACUUUUGUGAGUAUUGCUAUGAUUGAAGUGUACGAUGUUUGAGGAAGAAGGGUUUAAAUUUAACAAUGAGUAUAAGAAUUUGUUGAGCAUCCCAUGGCCUCAUGGACAAGAGAUUAAAUCAAGGCAAGUGCCCAGAGCAGAGAACACACCAUCACAGAUGGGAGACAGGCACAAAGGGUUGCUUGCUCUUUCCAGUCUCAAGCUUAAGGCUUAAGAACUUGAGUAUUCUUCAGCUGACAGCACGGGGUUGGUGUAAUUAGUCCUCGAGCUGAGGGGGUUGUACACAUAUAAGAAGCAAGUCAAAGUGGCAUUUUGUGGAAAAGAGAAAAGGAAAUUGUAGUCCAGUAUGAAACACACUUUAUGCAACAAACUUCAUUUUUCUUUUCUUUCAAAAUCAGAUGUAAUCCCCUGAAAUUAUGUAACCAUAGAUUUUCUGGGGAUUUAAUUACUGUUUGAUGUUGCAGCAUUAGUCAAAAUUGUGGCAGCAUUAAAGAGAAUAUAAUUAUUCCCAUUACCUAGAGUGAGGGAGUCUUUUAAUAUUUUUUUCAUAUUUUUAGAUGAAUCAACAAAUAAGAAUGUCCAGGGCUCCUGGAGAAAAAUUGUGUCAAGGGGUUUUGAACAGAUGGGGGAAUAAUUGAAAUCAGAUGAGAGCUCUCUUAGGCGACCACUGGAAGAACUAGCAAAAAUACUGAUUAUUGGAGUCAAGUUUUAAAUUAGAGCAAAAUAGCACCAGUGCUUCUGAGAACAACUUAGUAUGACCAAUCUUUUUUUGAAUUUCAUCACUUUCUUUUAGAAAAACAACAUUCCUCUGGCGGUAUAUCAAAGCAGGGUUUAGCCCCUGCUGUGGUACUUAUUGAAUCCUAUUGUUGGAGGGAGCAGUGUGAGUUAUCCACCAUUUACAUCCUAAUUAUGAUUUGUUCAGAGGCCAGUAGUGGGAUUUUGCUGGCAGGCAGGUGUUCUUUUGGUGAAAAAUACAUCACACCUUCUCAGUAGGCGAUGCUGCCUCCAUGAGCACCCACCUGAAUUCUUAGGACUAUACAAACCUCCAGAGCCUGGUGGCAGAAGAGUAGGUGUAUUUCCAGAGAGUCUUUUUUCACAGUGACAAAAGGGGUCAAAAGCUUGAACUAGAUGACAAUACUUCUUUGAUAAAACUGAAAUGAUAAGCAUUGUGCAGUUUGAAACCUUGCCCAUGUUACUUGUGGUGUAUGCAAAGAUUCCCCUGAGUGUUUGUACGUGUAAAACUGCAUCUUCUGGGAGGUGAUGAGUUUGGGUAAAGCCAACUGGCCUUGGCUGUGUUCUACCAACCUCGAGGAUAAUGGUAAACCAAGAAGAAUUUUUGACUGAAGUUGUUUAAUUCUCCCUCAUUAAGGAAAACUUUGCUUCAUGCUAGGGGAGGAAGAAAAGGAGCAUGUUCCUUUCAUUUGAGCUUUUCAGGUGGCUGGUCUGUGCCAGUUGUUUCUUACUUCCAGAGCCCUGCCUGUAGUAUGUCCAAGGUGUGGGAAUGGGGCAGCAGAUGAGACUUCUUCUGCCAUGGAUGGUAUAUGGGAUCUGUGUGCACCAAGGAGCACCACUGAAAUCUGCAGGUGUGGGAAGGGAUGUAUCCCAGCAGCAAACUGGAUGGGGAAACCCAAAUAAUUCUGUUUUCUGCGUGGGAGCGUAAGAGCAGGUAUAAAGGCCUUUGGCACAGCUGCAGACCAUGUGUCCUUUUGUGAUUGAAUACUCCUGAUUCAAAACCAUAGUAAUCAGAUCAAAUAAGCAAAACAGAGUGUGCACAGGCCUGGUGAGGCAGGUGUGUGUUAGAUGGCUUCUCCUUGGGCUUGCAGAGGGAGCUCUGCUUGCAAUGUUGGGCUGGGUUCCCAGAUGGAAUGGGGCAGCCCAGCAUGGGGGGAGGAACUGGGGGCAGGUAAAGAAUAAUGCUGAAUUUCAGAGGGUUGUUGUCAAAAUAGCUGGAGAAAUACCUUAGAGAAAUGUAACCCAUCUCUAUACUCACCUUGCCAUGGUUUGCUCACAGUGACAGCCCUCAGGCUCGGAUGCUCUACUUUUCAACUGGUCUUCCUUUUCCACAGCGAACACUUAGAAACAGUUAAUGUGAAUCAGCAAUUGUUCUUUGCUUUUAAGGGUUUAUUUAAAGGAGAUUGAGUUUUGAGGGUUUUGGUGGUGGUGGUUUUUUCUCCCCUGACACUAGUCAUUUUGCCCCCAUGCUUUCACAAAAAAGAAACAAAAAGGCUCUGUGAUCUGAUCAGAGAGCAAGCAGGGGUCUGCCAUGUGUGUACAUACUGCUUUAGGUAGAAAGCCUGCCGUCUGUUAAAGCUGUCUUUCCUUUGCAAAAUUCCUGCCUGAUCCUGACACACAAUGAAAAUCUGUAUUUGAAUGCAAAAUGUUGAUUUUUUUUUUUAGGUGUUUGUAAACCUUGAUACAGUACUGCAGAUGGUAUCCCAAAAGAUCAAAGACAACGUUAAUAACUGCUAUGUCGUGUUGAUGAUAUUUUUAAUAUUUCAAUCAUGUCAGCGUACAUUUGGUCAUUACUUUACUAAAGUUAAGUUUUCUUUUCUUGAGUAAUCGAUAUAAGAUGUUUGCAUGAUGGAAAGUAAUUUAAGUUCACUUUUAAAAAAGCCAUGAUUCAUUCUGUAGGUUAUGUUUGUUUAACAGAUUAACAUUUUCACUGACGGGUGGCAGUUUUUUUUUUCUUUUUAGUGCUUUUUAUUAAAGAACAUCUAGGACAUUUUCCAACAGAAACACACUUUGCCUCCAGUUGUGGAAGAAAUACCUUAAAAAGUAAUUGUUUUCCAAUACAGUUUUACCAUUUGGGUAAAAAUAUGAAGUGUGUAGGAGAUGUGAUAAAAAAAAUAUUCAAAAUCCCAUUUUGGUAAAAUAAUCAAGAAAUUAACCUAACAAGAUUAAAACCCUUUCUGAAUGAAAAUUUUGGGUGUGCCAAUAUAAUUGAAGCGCUUGACCCCCACCAGAUUUUAGGUCUAAACUAUACAAAUUUUGUAGUUUAAAAUUUGGCAACGGGCCAGCCAAAGUUCUUUUACUUUGGGAAACACUGAGGAAUUUGGUCACCUUACAUUCUAUCUUGUGAGGUUUGACUCCUGGCCUGGGCACCGCACCUCAGACAAAAUUAUUUUGAUGAUACUUAUUCAGACUCAGUUCUAGUAGAAAGUUUCCACGAAUCACCCAUGUACUUCAAAUUUAAUCCCUCCUUGACUUUUUUUUUUUUUCACUUCAAAAGGUGAGAAAAAGGUGGGGGGAGUAUAAUUUUAUAUGGCUCUAUUUGAAAAGGGGUUUUGUGUACCUUUAUAAUUCUUUUGAAGCAAUAUUUUAAAAAAUAACUGCCAGCCAAAGUGGCAAUGCAGAAAAGUGCCAUCUUGUUUAGGAUUUGUACACACCAGUUUUUAACACAGUGUUCUUUUCACUAAGUACUACAUACGUUAAUUUAUAUUUAUAUAUUGUCAAUAUUGUUGUAACCAAGCUUCUCCUUUCUAAACACUUCAGGAACAAGGCCUUGUAUUUUUAGGUGAUUUUCAUAAACAGAAUAAUUCUUUUCCUUUCACUAGUAUCUUGCACUCGAUACAUGUAGCAAUACUUAAUAUAUUCUCUUCACAAGUAUUUGUUAAGUGAUUUAGUUAAUGGCUGAUAAAUGUUUUGUACAAAAUAGAUUCUGUACAGGAAAAAAAAUCUUUUAGAUAAACAUUAUUUAUUUUUACUGUUUUGUAAGUUAGACACUAUAAUGAAGCUCCUUUUUGCCAGAAUUACUGGAAGUGCCUCUUGGUAAAAUGUAUUAUACAGUAAAUAUGUAUUCAAAAUUGUUAGAAAUACUUGUCACAAAAUGAACAAUGUGGAUGUUGCAAUGUGAAGACAAAUGUACAACAUAAAUAUAAUUCUGUGGUAUCCUGUU